UUCGGAUCAGCACACUGUACUACACAACCGUCAGAAUGCAACGUCUUGUUCUUCUCGCCUGCCUGGUGGCCGUGGUCGUGGCCGACAGCUACAAGACGCCCAUUCCGAUCCUUAAGGACGACCGAACACAGAACGCCUACGGAGAGUACAGCUUCGACUUCGAGACUGGAAACGGCAUCGCCAGGAACGAGGCCGGAAAGCAGGCUGAUGGGCAGGAGUCCUCUGGAGGAUGGAGCUACACCGCUCCUGAAGGCGUCCCCAUCAAGCUGAGCUUCACCUCCGGUGUAGGCGGUUACCAGCCAGUGGGCGAUCACCUUCCGGUUGCACCCACGCCAGUGCCUCUUCCCUACGAACGCCAGGACUACUAAAUCUUCCGAACUUUCUUCAUUUCCUAUUUUCUAUCUGCUAACCUCAUGUCAGUGAUGUGAUGGAUUGAAAGAAUCAUCCUCAUCACGAUAUUUGUGUUAGGAUUCUUGUAUUUAUAUUCUUCGGUAUUUAUGGAACGAAUCUCGUUCAUGUAUACUUAUCUCCAGUAAAGCUUCGAGCAUA